AUGAUUGCUGCUCCGUUCAUCAUGAACACCCUUUCGUUGAACUCCUCGGACAGCGGUAAGCAAGUCUUAGAGAUUGGACUUGGCGGUGGGACUUUCGAUAUGGGACUACACGAACUGAAACCUGAUGUGAACAUCACUGCAGUUGAUAUCGAUGAAGUAGCCAAGAAGGUUGCUUUCAAAUAUUUCGGUGUUGAGGAUUCAAAGAAUCAUCACUCUGUUAUUGAAGACGGAGUAAAAUUUGUUGAAGACGCAAAGUCAAAAGGUAGAAAAUUCGAUGUGGUAGCGAUCGACGCCUGCGAUGACUACUACUGGUUACCGUGUCCGGGUGAAUCGCUUCGAAGUGAGAAGUUUCUAAGAACACUUAAGGAAGUAAUGACGGACAAAGGCACACUUACGGUCAACUUUCUCUCCAGGCCUGGUGUGAACCAUUCCAAGUGGCACGAGGGUCUCAGAAAUUACCAGAAGGUCUUCCCAACCUGUUUCGAAUUCAAAGGUCUGAGUAACAACUUCGUGCUGAUAUGUGUACCAUACAAGGUGGAAGAGACACUUCAAUCCAGACAACUAUACAAGGAACGCCUGGAUGAAGUAAUGUCGGCUCUCAAUCUCACAGCCACACUUCAAGGAUACGCCGUUCUCAAUUUCCUUAACAACUAUUAA